GGCGCACUUCCUCUUCAAGUUUCCCACCAGCAUGAGUUUCAAGAAAAGCAAACUCGACCUUUUAGUCCGUGUCAGAUACGCAAAUCCCCUUCCACCUCCUCCAUGUCCUCCAAAACUCCUUGAUAUACCAACCACCCCCUUGCGUUAUGCUCGCCCAGAAUUUCUCAAUAUUCUCGCAAAUAGCACUCCUUUACCAAUGAUAGUAGAUGCUGAAUGUGGUAUGCCAUUAGACCUGGGCAAAUGGGAAUCACUAUGGGAGGAAGGUGCAGAUGAUUCAGCAUUGAAUCCCGACAUCAACAACCUUCCAAAGCUCGAUCCAGCAGACGAAUUUCUCGCGUAUGACCCAGUGGGUCCUAGUGGCAGUUACACCAACGGCCAUACGGGCACAAGCACACCAUCAUCUGGGCCUGCCUUGGGCUCCGUACCGUGGCUUCGUAAAACGGAGUAUACGAGUGAUCGCUCUCAAAGAUCUGUUGCAGAACCCAAACACGUCGUAUUGGCCCCCAUUGACGUCUCUCGCGAAGCACAAUUACGCGACAUUGAAGCCUCAUUCGUCGAAGCUAACGAAAAUUUCUCUCUCAACUCCCUCCGUCAUCCUAUCAAACCCAACGUCGUCGCGGAAGAGUCUUACGAAAUAUUACCAGACAGCGAUAUUUGGGCGAAUCAAUACGACUUGUUCAGGUUCUCUGAACGACCUGGGGAUAGAAAUGUCGACCAAGAUGACCCAAGGCUGGAUUGUGCUAUUCUCCGCCCCAUGAAGAUCGAUCAUGACUCGUUUUUGGCCUAUUACUUGACGCGAGACGACGGAUCCGCGUUUACGUUCAAAGAGAGACGAAAGACAGCUCGACCGUAUGAGGUACCCGAAGAGGACGAUGAAAUCGAAUUCCACUUUGUCAGGGAUUACGAAACAGUCAAAGUUGAACAGGAAGUUCCGAAUGAAUUUUUGCUCGUCAUAGAUGAUGGUCCUACUGAGGGCGAGAAUCUAGAAGACGAAGUCUUUAGCGAUGACCGGCCUCGACGCCGUGUAAAGGGUGCAUACUACAAGAACAUUGAAAGAAAGAUGUUGCUCAAGAAGAAACGCGUUAAUAUGUACGAACCGACAUACGAAGAUAAAUGGGAAAUAGUCAAAGUCACUCAUGCACCUAUGAGUCAAGAAGAAGAGGAAGAGCGUGACGAGGGUCUGGCAGAAGUUGUGGAUCCUCUUUUCUUGAUGCGGGCAGUAGCAGAGGUUGAUGCAGAAGGGGAUGUCGUUGACAAUGACUUUGGUAUACCAGGCUCUGGUGUGAAUGGGGAGACCAACAUGAUCGAUGUAAUGUAAUUUAUUUGUUGUCUUACGAUUGCUUCGCUUGCUUUGCUUUCCAUAGUCAUCGAUGUAUAAUCGAACUGUGCAC